GUCCUGGGUGAGUCACAAAGUGAUGGCCGCAUGGACAGUCCGGGAUUUUGCGCACAGUACUGUACGUACACGGCAAUGGACAAUGACUCAAAAAAUAAUGUCAAUUGUCAACCUGGACAAAAGGGAGACAAAUAGAAAUUCUGUUGCCAUGGAGAAGGAGGGCUUCAUUCGCACCAUAGAUGCUCUACGUAAAGAUGUGGAAGUUCAGGAAGUGUGCACAGAUGGCCACCUAGGGAUAAAGGCCCUGUUCAGCAAAGGGAUGUACAAAGACAUCGGGGUGGUGCACUGUCUGGACAUCUGGCAUGGUUCCAAAAACCUGAGUAAAAAAAUUGUAGCGGCAGGGCAGCAGAAGUCAUGUUCAAUCUUGCUCCAGUGGGACCGAGACAUUUGCAAUCACUUUUGGUAUUGCUGUAAGAUUGCGGGCACUUACUACGAGUUCUUUGAUAUGUGGGUUGGACUGUUGCACCACGUCACGGGUGAACACGAAUGGGCCCUCGGGGCUUGUCGUCAUGGUCCUCUGGUGGACAGCCGUGAGAAGGACUGGAUUGUCAAGAAUUCGCCUGCACAACAGAAACUGCGGGAAAUCAUUAUGGACAUCCGCUGGCUGAAAAAUGUUCACCUGUAUCUUCCUUUCAGGUCAACAGCAGAAUUGGAGUCAUUCCACAACCACAUACUCAUGUACGCUAGCAAGCGCCACAGCUUCUCACCACAAGGGUAUAAAGCUCGGACAUUGUUGGCUGGCCUGGAUUAUAAUCACCAUCUUCACAGACCGGCCAAGAGAAGACAAGACGGCUCAAUACAAGCAUCAUCCUGCAGCGAAGGCAGACUGCUCCAGGGGGGUUGGCACGGUCCAGACCCUCAAGACCAGAAGAUCCACGCAGGCUGGGAGUCCUAUCUGGUAUCCCUGCCCCAAGUGUUGAGGAACUCUUGCAGAAGCAAGUCAGCAGAGGCUUAGCACAGUCCCCGCUAGAUCAGAGCUAGCCUGGAGCCAUCCUCAAAAAAUUGAACAAUAAAAAAAUCAGAUUACUCCCCCAAUCGUCUUUUUCUGUAUUUUGUGUAAGCUUAUUGUUCUUAUAGGCUUCUGUCAUGGUGUAAUUGCAGUAAACAUUUUUUGACAUUUGUUUGUUAUUUGUUUAGUAAAGACGAGACACAAAUUAUGUUCAGAAACAAUAAUUUACUUGCAACUUGUGAACCGGUGUAAAAAGACAAACAGUAACAUGAUCAUAUAACAGAUAUAGAACGGAAGCAAAAACUUUUGAGGCAUACGACCCACUACACCCUGCUAGGGAGGAAGCCUGUGUAAUGAUUAAAAGGGUCUGGGUAUUUGUCCCGAAUCCUCCGUACACAACAGCUGGGAAUGACCGCCCUUCUCCCAAGGCGCCGUGUUGCCAAACCACAUACUGUCUGUACGCUGCGUAUCUGAACUGUUUAUUGGCUUCCCCGGGUUCAGCAGCAUCUUCCUCAGCCCGGACAUCGUUCCAUAUACGCCUGGCCAAGCGCAGGACACCUUCCUCCAAGAUGAACAAGUCCAUGUGUGGCAGCAAGGACAUACAGUUCUCUGGGGUCUGCCCACAGCACUUUCUCUCUGCGUCUGUGGGCAUAUCAUUGCAGUGGGUGCAAACACACCAAGUGGGUUGCUCUGGGGUUGGCAAAGGGGUGCUGUCAUGAGGCGGUGUUCCCAAGAUGAGGCGGUGUAAAUCGAAAAUCAUGCUUGGUUCCCUAUUCAGGCACUGCUCCAGUAACUCAUGUGACUGCUCCAAGGUCAACUGUCGAAUUCUGGUCUGAAAAAUGUUGAAAAGUUAGUUGAAAGCCAUUGUUCAUUAUCAUUUUUAUACUAGCAUAAAUUUGGCAACUGUUUUAAAUACCUGUUCAAGUGUGGUUCGCUGUAUUUGUAGCUGUUCAACUCGAUGGAUGUCCUCUUGAGUGAGGUUUAUCAAGCCUCUGCCACGUCCUCUGGUCUGUCCUCUGCCUUCUCCCCUGCCACGUCCCCUGCCUCGUCCCCUGCCUCUACCACGUCCUCUUCCACGACUGUCUGUCUCUGGCUGGUGGACAGGUGACUCCGAACCUGCGGUCUCUACCUGCAAGCUCUAAAGUGAAAACGAAUAAAUAAACAUAAUAAAUCAAAGGAAGGGUAGUGGUGAAUAGCACACAAAAUGUAAUCUUUCACAAAUCACCAUUGUUAAACAAAAUAGCCAUGGAGCACAGUAAACUAUGCUUACCUAGUGUUGGCCAAAGCAUUGCUAUGAUGACCAGGCUAAGGCCAUCUAGCUAAUUUUGACAGGCUAUGAUAUUUUGCCAUAAACUUGGGUGAAAACUAGGGUUGCCGCGGUAUACCCUGUUACCGGUGUUAGUGGGAAGAGGCAGUGAAUGAAGUAUUGAUUAGACAGCGAUUUAUUAUUAACCAUAGCAACGCUGGUAAACAAACCUGCAAAGCCCAAUCCUUACGAGAGCUCACCGCGCGACGGCCAUCCGGAGGCGCAGAGCUUUUUGCCGUGAUAUUAUAUAUACAAUUAUAUUAUAUACUAUUAUAUAUAGAACGUUAUAAGACGCUGUCAUCGAGAAUUGGCGCGCUGCCAGACGCUGUCACAGUGUGAGAGGAGAGUUGACGGAGAAGAUGGCGGUUGACCUAGUUUCAAAGUUUAUACCGUUUAUAGGCCUACUCGGUAAUACCGGUGUUGAGACUGUGUGAAAAUGUCCACACCGCGGCAACUCUAGUGAAAACCAGGACUUCCAAUACAAUUAUAUGAAACAAACAUACACUUUAUUUAAAAAUAGUAAUGAUUUUUUUGUCCGUUUAAUGUUUAUAAUAUCUGGUGCAACUAACAGCUGAAUGUAGUGCCAUGUUGUUUAACGAAAACCUACGCUAGCCUGGCUCGCUCUCGCGCAUCUGUGUUCGCGCUCGUGCAUGAUUGCGCGUUCAGGUACUUGGAAUGGGUGGAGUCAGAGUCAGCGUUGAAGGAGAGGGGGUAGGACCAUUUGAGUUGUGUAUUUUCAAAAUCUGGUGGCGUUUCGCAAAUCCCAUACCCAACCUUUAAGUCAUUGCAAUGUGGUUUUAUUCUGUGCAAUAUAAUCUGAAAUAUGUACUCGGACAAUUGCAGUUGUCCAAUUGGGGAGUAUAGUCGACCUUUGGCUAUAAAAUGUGUAUGUAAACAUACUGACUGUACAGUAAAUUUCACCUGGUAGCCUGGAAGCUAGUUUGCUCCAACGCAACUGUGUUGGGAGCGUUUCACCUGGUAGCCUGGAAGGUAUUUUGCUCCAACGCAACUGUGUUGGCAGCGUUUCACCUGGU